AUGUCGUCAGUUCUUCAAAGAGCGCGUGAUUUCACUACUUCGGCUGGUAUCCCAGUCAGUACGGCCAUUUCGUCCUUCAGCUCUGCCGAUGCUGGCUCUGGCCUGUUUGCCGAGGUCUCUGGUCGCACUUGGCUCGCUACUGGACUUGCGGUUGCUGGCUCCCUGCUAGUCCUUGAACAGGCAGUCUACCGUAUGAAGAAAAAGCAUCUCCCUGGUGCAAAAUGGACAAUCCCUGUCAUCGGCAAGUUCGCUGAUAGUUUAAAUCCCACCCUUGAGGGGUACAAAAAGCAAUGGGACUCUGGAGCAUUGAGUGCUGUCAGCGUGUUCAACAUUUUUAUUGUCAUCGCGUCUUCAAAUGAGUACACCCGAAAAAUAUUCAAUAGCCCUACAUUCACUGAGCCCUGCCUCGUUGCUUCGGCCAAGCAGAUUUUGCUCAAGGAAAACUGGGUAUUUUUGGCUGGUAAAGCCCAUUCUGAUUAUCGUCGUGUAUUGAACCAAUUGUUUACCCGCAAGGCUCUUAGUAUGUACCUGGUCCACCAGGACGCCAUCAGCCGUAAAUACUUCGCCGAGUGGCUAAAGAACGCAAGUGUUGAGCACCAGGACUCGAUGAUUCCUAUGCGUAAUCUUAACAUGGAAGCCUCGCUCCGCGUCUUCUGCGGUCGUCACAUUCCCACCGAGGCAGCUCACGAAAUUAGUGACAAGUACUGGCUCAUUACCAAGGCCAUGGAGCUUGUCAACUUCCCUCUCGCUAUCCCAGGGACUAAGGUCUGGAGUGCCAUCCAGGCGCGUAAGGCCGCGAUGGUUUACCUUACGGACGCCGCCCGUAAGAGCAAGAUUGCCAUGGCUGCCGGACAAGAGCCCGAGUGUUUGAUUGAUGAGUGGGUCAAAGAGAUGAUGACUGGCGACGAGAAAAAGAAGGAAUAUUCUAACCACGAGAUGGCUAUGGUCGUACUCUCGUUCCUAUUCGCCUCUCAAGACGCAAUGUCCAGUGCAAUCAUCUACUUGUUCCAACACUUGGCAGACUACCCAGAGGUCUUGGCGAAGGUCCGCGAGGAACAAUACCGCGUGCGCAACGGCGAUGUUACCAAGCCUUUAACUCUUGAAAUGUUGGAUGAGAUGCCUUACAUCCGAGCUGUUGUAAAGGAAAGCCUGCGUCUCAAGCCUCCCGUGACUAUGGUUCCUUACAUGGCUCUGAAGCCCUUCCCUAUUUCUGAAGACUAUACGGUGCCAGCAGGCGCAAUGAUCAUCCCCUCCCUCUACCCUUCACUUCACGACGCAGAUAUUUACCCUGAUCCCGGUAACUUCCUCCCUGAACGUUGGCUGGAUCCCGAGAGCAGCGCCAACCAGAAUCCUCGUAACUAUAUGGUAUUCGGUGCCGGACCUCAUCGAUGUAUUGGUGUCGAGUAUACCAUGAUGCAUCUUUCGACCGUAAUGGGUACCGCCGCCGUUCUUAUGGACUGGGAUCACAAGGUCACCCCCGAUAGCAACGAGGUUCAAAUGAUUGCAACUAUCUUUCCCAAAGAUGGCUGCCUGUUGAAGUUCACUCCUCGUGCUAACUAG